GAGAGCGCGGCGAAUUUUGACAGCCGGAAGGUAAACGUUUGCCGGGUGGCUUUGUUUACACUUUUGCAAAAAGGAUCUCAGGAAGAGCGUCUUUUCCCCGAGUUUAGCCAGCGAGUGCGUGAAAAUGUCCAUUGGAGUGCCCAUCAAAGUGCUGCACGAGGCGGAGGGUCACAUCGUGACGUGCGAAACCAUCACCGGCGAGGUGUAUCGAGGGAAGCUGAUCGAGGCGGAGGACAACAUGAACUGCCAGAUGACCCAGAUCACAGUGACCUAUCGCGACGGGCGGACGGCCAAUCUGGAGAACGUGUACAUCCGUGGCUCCAAAAUACGCUUCCUCAUACUGCCCGACAUGCUGAAGAAUGCGCCCAUGUUCAAGAAACAGGGCGCAAAGUCCGGCACGGCCGGGCGUGGGAAAUCGGCGAUUCUGCGGGCACAAGCUGCUCGGGGCAGAGGAAGAGGAGCCAGUGGCGGGAGAGGCGCAGCCGGACGCGGCGGAGCAUGGCAAGGUGGCCCCACAGGCGGCAGAGGCAGAGGAGGCCUCUAAACCACCUCAAUUUGACAGCAUUUCUACCCUAAUCUGUAAGCAUUCAACACUCUGGAAUUAAACAGCCUCCGGGCUUCUUACACAA